CACGUGAUAGCCCCGGGUCUCGCCGCGGUGUUGGACUGCGCCAGACACUCCAGGAACUGAUUAUACAAAUCAUGUCCGACCCCAUAAAUUGUAUACGAUCACUGCCUACUCUCAAUUCCACACUUCCACGUUCCCUAAUCAUUCUUCCGACUUAUUUACGCGAACGCCACACGCUUGUCAGACCUCUAUUACGUCCUCCAUCUCGCAGGGAUAGGGAACCAGCAGUGGAUCUCUCGUUUCUGCAAGAUGGCCUAAGUUUAAAUGCCUUCCGAGAUGCAAACGACUACCCAUCCUCCCUUCGUACCGUUCCUCAGUAUUAGGAAAGAUGCCGUUGGACGUCUACGAGAAACACCCCGUAGCCCUGGCUCGGGAGAGGGCCAGAAAGGAGGCCAUGGACGCCGCACAAGAUGAGACCCAAGACUACUGCCGUAUCUGCCGUGGCGAGGCAUCCCCAGACCAACCGUUAUUUUAUCCUUGCAAAUGCAGCGGCAGCAUCAAGUUCGUCCACCAGGAGUGCCUCUUGGAAUGGUUGUCCCAUUCUCAAAAGAAAUACUGCGAGCUGUGCAAGACCUCCUUCCGCUUCACCAAGAUCUACGAUCGUUCCAUGCCCGCCACCUUGCCCUUCCCUCUCUUCCUCCGCCAACUUGCACGUCAUGCAGUGCGGAGCAUAUCUCGCUGGGUUCGUUAUCUCGCGGUUGCCGUGAUCUGGCUAUGCUGCCUGCCCUGGUGUAUACGACAAGUCUGGAGAGGCAUGUUUUGGCUGGCUGACGGAGGUUGGUUGAAUGAGGAGGAUGUACAGGCUGCUACACAGGUCGCUUCGAACGUGACAUCAAGCUGGGCCGCCGCAUCAUCUCAAGGAGCAAUUACGGCCAAUGUCACUGUCCCUGAAUAUCUCGAGAGGAUAAAGCUGGUCUUUCCACCUAUGCAGGUUUCGCUGGGCGAUAUUGCUAGGUUGUUCUUCAGCCAGGGUUUGAUCGGCAGACUUUUGCAACUUGUCUUCUCCUUUUUCAUACCGAACUUGAAACGAUAUGCCGGCGUCUCAGACCAGUCUAAUACGUCCGUUGCUUACAUGGUGCCCACGCGACCUCCAUCAAUACUUUCCGAUAUCCAAAUCCUGGCGAAUUGGUCGUCUUCCCCUACGCUCAACAACGCCACUGUCGAUGUUGUGGAAGGCCAGCUGAUUUGUAUCCUCUUGGUCACGGCGUUUAUUCUUGUUUUUCUAAUCCGAGAAUGGGUAAUCAACCAACAACUACCUGGACCCGACCUAGCCGAAGUCCCUCCACCAGCCCCAGUGGCGGAGGAUAAUCCACAACCUAUUCCAGGGCUAGUACCCCGGAACGAUGAUAAUGACGACGGUGACGGCAUGCAUGCGGAAGUUGGAGACCGGCGUCUUGUAUUGCACCGCGGUGAAAGGCCCAUCGCCAUACCGAGGCCAAGGCGAGCUAUAACAGACGAUAACAUCUUGAAUGUUGUCAAUCCUGAACAUGGCCUUCCGAAUCUACCUGCUCGAUCCCAAAGUUUGUUAUCCGCUCAAGAUUCGGAAAUAGAUCAUGGAGAGGCAGAUACUAUCGGAGAAAGCAGUGCGGCGGCAGACGACUUUGAGCCCAGGCUUUCCCCGCGACGGAGCGUGAACAACUCUAUCCUUGUUCAGAGAGACUUUGCGGUAUCACCGAGCGGCCAGGAUGCCAAUAUGACCUUCCCCAGGGAUUCCUUGGAGCUGCUUCGCAAUGAUGACGAGGGGACGACUCACCAAGAUGACGUGGUGCAGGCGGAAGACUCCUCAAAUCGCCUUACUUCUUCCCAGCCAGACCAUGCUAUUGUUCGAGACUUCGAGACAUCCUCUUCGAGCCCUUCGGAUACCUACAGCGCGGGUGAAGUUGGCGCGGAGGGCUCGACGAUAUCAUCUGAGGAGAUGAGAUAUCUGUUCGAUGUCCCUACUGGCUUGCCCACUGGCAAUGGAGAUAUGGGUAGGGAUAGCAGAGCCCUACUGACGCCGCACUCGAGCGAUCUGGACCAUCCCCACCCCACGGGCGAGGAUCAAGAUUCUGCAAACAACCAACCCCAAGACAGGCAAUCGCCAUCCACAGAGACAAGCAUGCUAGAGAAGAUAUCAGACUGGCUUUGGCGCACCGAUGAUUUUGUCGAGGCCCAUGAACACGUAGAUACUGCCACUGGCCGUUAUGCGCAAGGUGCGGAUGGUGAGGUCUUGGACGACGAGCUCCCAGAAGAUCCUUUUCCUUUUGUCCCUGACCACCACCAUGGCCUUUUCCAGGCUGAAGGGGCGGCUCCUGUACAGGGGCCAGUUGCUGAAGCGCGAGAGCCAAAUAUGUUCAUGGGUGUUGACCUGAACGACCCAAAUGCCGCGGAUGAUGUUGAAGAUCUCGAUGGCGUUCUCGAACUACUGGGAAUGGAGGGGCCCGUCUUUGGCAUGAUCCAAAACAUCAUCUUCAGUCUCUUCCUCAUUACAAUGACCUUGACAGCCAGCGUCUGGUGCCCCUACAUCUGGGGUAAGAUUGCGCUCCUCCUGAUGUCGAACCCGUUCGGUAUGCUUGUCAAGGCCCCGCUGUAUGUGCUGUCCAAAACAGCAGACAUUGUGUUUGACCUUGUCUUCUUCGUUGGGGGAUUUGCAGGGCUUGUCUUAAGCCAACCCAUGAAGAUCAUCAAAGCUAUGAGUCAGCCGAUGUUACCUAGCAUUGGCAAAGUGCUAAAUCCGGCUGUCAUCGAAGCGUUCUCGGUGGAUCUUAGCCAAAAAAGUUACGACCGCCUAGAAAGAACAUUAUCCGGCACGGUGCUUAAUCUGAAGCCGGAUCUGCCUACGUUUUCUAUGGUAUCUCACCAAGCUUUGAGAUCAUUCAAGCUGUCCUUUGUGCAUACAGGAGCCUGGGUGCUCUCCUCCGUCCUCCAGGUCCAGAAAUCUCUUUCCAAUGAUUCUCUCAGCUUUUCAGCGAUUCUUCGGUCCGGCGCGAACAUGCUGAGAUCCGCUCCAAACUGGGCAGCAAGUUUUUUCGCGCUCAGUUUUCAUAGCUUGAAAGAUUGGCGUAAAGAUCUGUUUGCUGCUCCGACAGCGAAUGCAGACGCACUGGAUUCCUCUCUGGUGAGAUGGAGCACCGAAGACCGGAUUCUUACCGUCAUCUUGGGAUAUGCCUUCUUCGCUGCUGCCGGCGUUCUUUUCCUUGAAUUGGCUCACAUCGUCUUGGGUCUUGGGCCAGAUGAGAAAGUCGAAGGUUAUUUUGCGGAUUGUCUUCGACAAGCGGGAGGAGUACUAAAAGUCAUCGUCAUUAUCGGCAUCGAGAUGUUGGUCUUUCCGCUCUAUUGUGGAUUGCUUCUUGAUGUGGCUCUUCUACCUCUCUUUGCCAACGCUACACUCACCAGCCGGAUCGCCUUCAUGGUCAGAGCCCCUUUUACUGGCAUUUUCAUCCACUGGUUCAUUGGGACCUGUUACAUGUUUCAUUUCGCCUUAUUCGUCUCAAUCUGCCGGAAGAUUAUGCGAACAGGAGUCUUGUACUUUAUCCGGGAUCCUGACGACCCGAAUUUUCAUCCGGUCCGCGAUGUCCUCGAACGACCAAUCCCGGCGCAAUUGGGCAAAAUUGCAUUCUCGGCGUUGGUUUACGGCGGCUUGGUUAUCGUAUGUUUGGGCGGGGUUGUCUGGUCGUUGGACUGGGUCGGUGGCAUCUUGCCCAUCCAGUGGGCGACGGCCGAACCAAAGUUGGCGUUUCCGAUGGACAUUGUCUUCUACAACUUCCUCCUUCCGUUUAUUCUGCGAAGGAUUGAACCGUCCAAAAAGAUGUCUGCCAUGUUCAAAUGGUGGUUUCGAGCAUGUGCCAGAGGGUUGAGGUUGACCCAUUUUCUCUUCGGGGAGGAACGCGAAGAGGAGAAAUAUAGCUCUUCCAAUGGUCAUCUCCGACGGUUGUUUGGAGGGAAGAGCGCGACAAGCCCAGUGCGAGAUGGUAUCUAUGUUCGAGCACCUGCGUCUGACUCUGUUCGGAUACCUAAAGGUCGGAAUGUGUUCCUCGAAGUCACGGAGCAAAAUGAACGGGUCGAUGGUCUCCCGGACUCGGACCUUGGCAUUCAUGGAAAGAGAGAUGAUAACUUUACCAAGGUCUAUCUUCCUCCAAGAUUCAGAGCCCGCAUCGCGGUGUUUAUCGUCUUGGUAUGGUUGUUCGCCGCCGCGACAGGAGUGACCUUUACAAUCGGGCCUCUGUUGCUGGGCCGGAAAGUUACUCAAUUUCUCUGUCAAUCAACCCUGCCGCCCAAUGAUUUGUACGCCUUUACUGUCGGCAUACACCUCUUUAUCGUUCUUGGCUACGCGAUGGCAUAUGCUCGGUCGAUAAAAGACUAUCUCAAGCAUAAAGUUCCAGAGUGGCUCGGUCCACAGUUGCUGUCCACGAUCCAAUAUAUCCUAGGACUGGCUUACUUGGGCCUGUACACGGCAGUGAUCCUCCCAUUUGUUUUGUCCUUGAUCAUGGAACUGUACAUUCACGUUCCUGUGUUCGAUUACCUGACAACUCAACAUGAACAGCGCACUUCAGUCGAUGGUUCCAGUCGACCAGUCGCCACGAUCUUUGUCGUCCAGUCGUGGACGAUCGGGCUGCUCUACCUCCGGCUGAUGAUGAGAUACAUCUUGCAUCGAACAGCCCCUGAUGGACGGGUAGCCACCGCUUUACGAGCCAUCACCCGCAACGGAUUUCUCAAUCCCGACGUGCGCCUGGCCAGUCGUGCAUUUGUGCUUCCCAGCACCAUGUUGUGCUUGGCGCUUCUGGGGGCUCCGCUGGUGUUUGCCAAAGUUCUUAUUGUUGUGAUGGGCAUUGAAGACCCGGACACUCGAUUGCAGCUUUACCGACUAGCUUACCCGGAUGUUCUAGGUCUGAUGGUGCUUUGGCUGUUGGCUGUUGGGUUCAAACGUCAGCUGGCAAAUUGGAAAGUCAAGAUUCGAGACGAGGUGUAUCUUAUCGGCGAGCGGCUACACAAUUUCCACGAACCAUCACCGCAUAGAACGACGAGGGGCAAGGGCAAGGAGAGAGCGGGCAAUGAGAGACCUGGCAGUCAGAGAGCUUUGUGAUGGAAAAGUUGCAUUUCAGUACACCAUUCAGUCUUUAGCAGCAUUGGAGGCGCAAGCCGGUUGAUAGAUUUUUGUAACGGCAUUGAUAAUGAGAUACCCCGUUCUAUCUUUCUGCAUAACAGAACGUGGAUGAGCUGUUGUGACUACUGUGCUGCUUGUCAUCGAUGCACUCUUUCAAGCAUGUCCUCCGCCAGCAGUGUGAGGAGGUA